UGAGGUUGCAGUUUCGACGUGUGCUGUCAUUUUCGUUUCCAUAAAUUGAAAUCAUUCGUUGUCGUUCCUUGUUUUAAAUCCCGUUCAUUUCGGAUUUUAGCCGGAUUUUUCGGAAUUAGAUGUAAAUGAUUGUAGUUUCUUUAUAGUGCACAAGUUAAAAAAGUGAAUUAUGGAUCGUCUUCUACGUCUCGGAGGAGGUAUGGCUGGGUUGUCGCAGGCGCCGCCUCCAACUGAUGCGCCUGCCGUGGAUACCGCGGAACAAGUGUACAUCUCGUCUCUAGCAUUGCUGAAGAUGUUAAAACAUGGUCGUGCUGGCGUGCCCAUGGAAGUCAUGGGACUCAUGUUAGGUGAAUUUGUGGAUGACUACACAGUGCGAGUGAUUGAUGUGUUUGCCAUGCCCCAGACUGGUACUGGUGUGUCAGUAGAAGCCGUGGACCCUGUCUUCCAAGCCAAAAUGUUGGACAUGUUGAAGCAGACUGGCCGACCUGAGAUGGUGGUUGGAUGGUAUCACUCUCACCCUGGUUUUGGAUGUUGGUUAUCUGGUGUUGAUAUUAACACCCAGCAAUCUUUUGAAGCUCUAUCAGAAAGAGCUGUCGCCGUUGUUGUUGAUCCUAUUCAAUCCGUGAAGGGUAAAGUAGUCAUUGAUGCAUUCCGUCUCAUUAACCCCAACAUGAUGGUACUGGGUCAAGAGCCAAGGCAAACAACAUCAAAUUUGGGUCACCUCCAGAAGCCAUCUGUACAAGCCCUUAUUCACGGCCUCAACCGUCACUACUAUUCUAUCAGCAUAAACUACAGGAAGAAUGAAUUGGAACAGAAAAUGCUGCUGAACCUUCACAAAAAGUCCUGGAUGGAUGGACUCACUCUGUCAGACUACAAGGAGCACUGCUCAAUCAAUGAGACAACAGUAACAGAUAUGUUGGAAUUAGCUAAAAAUUACAAUAAGGCAUUAGAAGAUGAGGAGAAAAUGACACCAGAACAGCUAGCCAUUAAGAAUGUGGGCAAACAGGAUCCUAAGAGGCAUUUAGAGGAGAAAGUUGAUGUCCUUAUGUCAAAUAACAUUGUGCAAGGCCUUGGAGCCAUGCUUGAUACCAUGGUAUUCAAAUGAUCGUCAUGUGAGACUUUUGUACUAUUACAUGUUAAGGCUAUAGUAAAGUGGUAAUAAAUGAAUCCAGUCUCACAGUUUAUCUCUAUUGAUGAUUGUAUGAUAAUUAUAAUUUACUUAAUGUACUAAACAAAUAAAACAGUUUUUUCAUAAA